AUGGCUUCAAGUUUCCCUCAGGCGUCGCAUCUUGGCGAUAAAUCAGGGGCUCGAAGUGACAUUGUGCCUUCAGAUUCCGACUCCAGUUCGCGUGCGAAUCGAUUGACACCCGAACCCGACUCUGGGGAUUCAGACUUCGACGUCGAUUACGAUGGCCACGAGAGCAUAGAACUUCAAUCUCAAGAUAAAGCGGCGGGUUUUGAAGCACCCCUUUGGACUGGCGACGAUGGCAGCUAUGCGCUUCCGCGCCGAGGCAGCGCCUCGACAACACAGUCGUUUCAAUUGUAUACACCAGACGAGGAGCGCGCAGUUGUCAGGAAGUUUGACAAGAGGCUUGUAUUGUUUGUAGCACUAUUGUACAUGUUGAGUUUUCUGGAUAGGUCAAAUAUUGGCAAUGCUCGAAUCGCAGGAAUGGAUGUUGAUCUGAAUCUUCAUUCUGAUCAAUACGAAUGGAUCCUCACGUCGUUUUACAUCACAUAUAUCAUUUUCGAGUGGAUGUCCUUACUUUGGAAGAUUAUACCUGCACACAUAUAUGUCUCUGUAAUUGUCAUGUCUUGGGGAAUUAUCGCAUCUCUCCAAGCUCUGUCAACUUCUUUCGUCACAUCUAUAAUACUACGGCUAUUACUUGGAAUCGGUGAAGCUGGCUUUACUGGAAUCCCAUACUUCUUGUCCUUCUUUUACAGGGAGGAAGAGCUGGCCUUGCGCAACGGACUGUUCAUAAGUGCCGCCCCUCUAGCCACCUCUUUCGCCAGCUCCCUCGCAUGGGCGAUUCUUAAGCUCGGAGAGAACGGUCCUAUUGCGCCGUGGCGCCUGUUAUUCCUCGUUGAGGGAUUUCCAAGUGUCAUUGUGUCCGUCGUCGCCUGGCACGUUAUCCCAGACGGACCAGCAAAAGCAAAAUACCUGACUGCGAGAGAAAGAAAGGUCGCCCGAUUGCGCCUACGUCGUCGCCAAGGAGGCGCUGCGACCAAGGGCGGACUUAAAUGGCGAGAAGUCCUUGAGACAAUAUUGGAUCCCAAGGCCUACCUGACCGCUUUCAUGUUCUUCUUCACCAACAUGGCGUUCUCAUCGAUGCCUGUAUUUUUACCUAUCAUCAUCCGAUCUAUGGGCCACUCCUCUGUUGUGUCGCAAGCUCUCUCGGCUCCUCCAUAUCUUAUGUCAUUUUUCGUUGUGAUUUUAACAGCAUAUCUCUCGGAUCGCAUGCAGUCACGCUCGACCUUCAUUAUCUUCCAUGCGCUCUUCUCCUGUUCAGGGUAUCUCGUGCUCGCUCUUGCGGAGAGAUUUGGCUUGGGACUCUGGUGGCGCUAUGCUGCUAUAUAUCCAGCCGCGAUUGGAUUUUUCAGCGUGAUUACCAUCGUCAUAACUUGGACGAUCAAUAAUCAGGAGUCUGAAAGUAAGCAGGGUGCUGGAUUUGCUAUGUUGCAGCUUGUGGGCCAAUGUGGGCCAUUGGUUGGGACACGAUUGUAUCCUGAUGUCGAUGCGCCGUAUUAUACACGUGGGAUGGCCGGUUGCGCAGGAGCAAUGGUUGUAGUUGCCAUUUUGGCGACUAUACUGCGAUUCUAUCUUUCCCGCAAGAAUAGAAACAAUGAGAUGCAGAAUAGAGGGGAAUAUGUAGAAGUGGACAAGGAGGAGGAGGACACUCUCGUUGGCGGGGAUGCCAGGAGAGACGUAAGUAGAAAGUUUGAGUAUAUGCUUUGA